GAGGUCCCUUCCAGCCCUGAGAUUGUAGGAGCCCUGGAUCCCCCCCCCCCCCCAGGUGCGAUGGAGCCCGUCUCUCUGGCCGGGGCCCCCCCAACCCCCUCUGCCCCCCAGGUGUGAUGGAGCCCGUCUCUCUGGCCGGGGCCCCCCCAACCCCCUCUGCCCCCCAGGUGUGAUGGAGCCCGUCUCUCUGGCCUGGGCCCCCCCAACCCCCUCUGCCCCCCAGGUGCGAUGGAGCCCGUCUCUCUGGCCGGGGCCCCCCCAACCCCCUCUGCCCCCCAGGUGCGAUGGGGGCCGUCUCUCUGUCCGGGGCCCCCCCUAACCCCCUCUGCCCCCCAGGUGCGAUGGAGCCCGUCUCUCUGGCCGGGGUGCUCUGGGCCGUCGUGCUGGUUCUCCCAGCCGUGCUGGCCACGGCUCUCUGCAUCGGCUGCCGGGACACCGGCUCCCCUGGAGCAGAGUGGGCCGGACCCCCCCUGCCCCCACCCCUAACGCUGCGCCCUGCUCUCUCGGCAGCCCACGGAGCCCAGGCGGUCGGGGACUACGAGUACAAACCCCCACCUUGUGUCCCCCCCAACAGCUUCAUGGUGCUGACCCGAGCCAACUAUCCCUCCAGGAACCAGAUCAAACAGCAACCGGUGGCGCCCGCUGAGCAGUUCCUGUCCAUCCCGCGAUCCCCACAGGCGCCCCAGAGCCGCCAAGUCUCCUUCACCAGGACAGAGACCGACAACGACAGCGUCCCCAGCUACGAGAACGAGGAGCGGCCCCGUGGGGAUGACGACGACAACGACUAUAACAACGAGAUCUACAUCCCCGGCUACGUGGAGGUGCUUCCCGACAGCGUCACCGAGACGUCCCCCACGGAGCUGGUCACCUCGGGGCCGGAGCUCAGGGACAGCGUGUCCUCAGUGGCAAUGGGGGAUGAGUACGAGAACAUGCCGGAGGCCCAGAGGGAGUCGCUGGCCGACAGCCUGGAGUACGUCAACAUGCCAGAGCCUGGCUCCAGCCUCCCUGACGCCCACUACGGCGCCAGCGACCGGGAGAGUGAGGACGAUGGGCCCGAUUACGAGAACCUGCACCGCUGAGCGCGAGGCAGACCCCCAGCUCUGGAGAGCGACACCCCCCCCCCCCUGCGGGGAACCUGCCUUCGAGGAGCGAACCAACAGCUGGAUGAGCCCCCAGGAACCUCGCCACAGGGGGGCCUGAGAACCCCCCCCCC